AUGCUUACAGACAAUAUCGAUAGUUUGUCGUCUGGCAAUCUGCUCUACUACAGCGCGGUCGUCGCUUGGUCCGCGGCAGUCUACCAGUUCUUGAUCAAGGACAUCCUCACGGUCGGUCUCGGUCUAGGACGGGUGAUCCAAAGCAUCGAUGAAUUCCCCUACUCGUGUCAGCGCAUCGAGCAUCCGCAGCUAGAAGCGUGCGAAGACCUCUGGCUCGACGGAUCAGAUCGAACUUUGUAUGCAGCAUGCGCCGGUACUAGAAGCCGCAUGGCCUGGAGCCCUGCCAUAUCCAAGCUCGACGCAUCCGGCCGCAGACCCUCUGGCGCGGAGAUUGUUGCUCUGGAAAUCGAUUCUAUUGCCCCUAAUGGCUUCUUCUCUCUGCGUUCAAUUAAACCCACUGGUUCUUUUGGUGCACAGGGCAAUGCGAUUCUCGACACAGUCGGCUUCACGGGGGAGUUUAUCGACGACACAACCAUCCAUUUCUACUUCCCCAACGUCCCGCCCUAUCACGGAACCUACUUCGACGCAACAGAGCUGGGCGCCAACGCCACCGUGGAGGUCUUUGAAUUCAAACGAGGCAACGAUGAAAUGAAACACGUCCGCACCAUCCAAUCAACCGCUGUCUGGUCCCCCAACCGCCCAGCCGCGGUCGGCAACGGCGACUUCCUCGUCACCAACGACCACGGCGCAAAAGUCGGCUGGCGGAAGCACCUCGAACCGCUCAUCGGCGGCGGCACAGUCGCCUACUGCUCUUCCGAGGGGAAAUGCCAUUCCGCAACCCCCGCGCCCGGCAUCGACAUACGCGCGAACCUCAAGUUCCCCAACGGGCUAGCCCGGGGCGAGGACGGGCUCAUCUACGUCCCCAGCUCGGCCGACGGGACCAUCAAGGUGUUUGCGCUGCAGCCGAACAGGACGCUGACACAGCUGCACACCAUCCGCGUCGGCAUGCCGCUCGACAACGUGUCGCCCGAUGCUCGCGGCGACCUGUGGGUCCCUGGGUUCCCCGAUACUAGGCAGACGUACAAGGGUGUUGCGGAUCCGUACCAGCACGUGAGUCCCGCGACGGUGUUCCGGGUCAGGAAGGUGAGUGGCGCAGGGCCGGGCGAGCUGGAGUAUGAAGUCAAGAAGAUGGUGGAGGAUAGGGAAGGAAAAGUAAUCAGUGGCGCUACGACGGUUGUUCAUGAUGUCAAGACUGGAAGGUUAUUCAUGGGCGCUGCUGUUAGUCCGUUUCUCGUCGUCUGUGAGCCGAAGCAGUAG